AUGAAUCCUAACCACCAAAAUCACCAUUACUCAGAGCUUCAUGAAGAUCCAAAUUUAUUACGAGAAGAGGCCCCACCUUCUCCACCAUCGCAGUCCACCUGCAGUUCUCAGUCUCAGGAGAUGAACUCAAGAGCCCUAGUAUCAUCAGCAUCAUCAGCUAAUUCUAUAUUAUCCAAUCCAUCUACUACUUCUUCUUCUUCCUCCAUAACUACAAUCACACCAAUAUCUGUUCCAUCAGCUUCAUCAUCGUCAACAUCCUCAUCCUCAUCGUCUUCUUCUUCUGCUUCAAAAGACAAACAAAAUAGAAUCACAGUUGCUUGUGAACGGUGUCGCAAACGACAUAAGCGGUGUCACGGUGGAUCACCAUGUCUUAACUGUAUCCGCUCAAAAGCAAAGUGUGUUUACGUAGAAGGAGAACGUAAAAUUGUUGUCACGCUGCGAUAUAUUCAAGGCCUUCAAUCAGAAAAUUCUCGACUAAAGGCUCUUGAAAAUGGCAACAUAACGACUUCUUCAAGCAAUCCUGAUUCUCAGCAACAGCAAAUUUCAGCAUCAUUACAUCCAUCACAUUUAUCCCAACCCCAACCCCAACCCCAACCCCAAUCUCCAUCUCAAUCACAAUCUCAAUCUCAAUCUCAAUCACAAUCACAAUCACAGUCUCAAUCCCAGUCCCAAUCUCAAUCAUUACAACGGACUUAUUCCUCCGAAACUGAAGCUCUCCAAAGUCAGUUAAAAUUUGAAAAAGAACAAAAAUCUGCACUUAAAAUGCAACUCCAACAGCUCCAAAAACAAAUAUCACAGCUACAAAAUCAACAAAAUCACCACUCCUAUGGACUCUCGGCCUACCCCACUGAAACCCAAGCAGAAGUUUUUCCAACAUCUUCUUCAUCUAUAUCGGCUUCUUCAUCAUCGUUAUCACUCCAAAAUCUCCAGCAACAUAUUCCAUCCCACCGAGUUGUACACCCCUCCGCCUCGGCUACCACUUCUGCCCUAAAUACCACGCCAUUUUUGUCACCAUCCUUACCACCAGGUAACUGCAACAGCUACCCACAUGCAGCAACCUAUGGAACAAUCGGGGAUUCUUCUUCUUCUCCUUCUUCGAGGUUCACUACUACUACUACUACUACUACUACUACUACCACCAAUAUCACUUCUCCUUCGACCACUACGAAAAACCUUUCCAAGUCUUGCAAUGGUGAAGGAAUGGCAGUGAGUCCUUUUGAUUCCGUACCACUACCACCUACUACAUCAUCUGCAUCCUUAUCUACUGCCUCCAUAUCUGCUUCUUCUUCCUCCUCUUCGUUUUUGUCACCCUCUGGUCCUGGUUCGGCUUCUGCAUCUUCUUUGUCGGCACCCUAUUCCGCACAACCACCACCACCACAUCUGGCUGGCUCCCACUAUGGUUAUGGAUACUGGCAUUCAGAAAACCCUAGCCCACUUCCAUAUCCAUUUCAGCAUGCGGCUCGCGAAACUUCCCAGGCUUCUGCUGCAUAUGGCCAAAUCAAGCAUUCUGCGUCGAACUUUCCACCGCCUGCCCGCUCUCACCGGCCUACCUUCCCUCCACCACCUUCUUCUACUACACAUGCUAUUGCUACUGCUGCUGCCACAGCAACUUCACCGGCCAUCUCAUCAUCUCUUGUUAGAAAUCCUUCUAUGGCUGUCCAGGCAACCAUCAGCAACACUUCCAACUCAAACAAUACCGGUUCAUCGAUUGGGUCUCCUUCAAUCACUGGGUCCCGAGGUGGGGUCCUAGUGGCUCCACCACCACCGUCUUUAAGAUAUAAGCAUCAAUCGCCAGGUCUUUUACCCCCACUUCCUGAGUCCCUGGCGUCAAGAACGUCAUCCCCAAACAAUUAUGCCCAACAACAACAACAACAACAACAACAAAUGCCUGGUCGGUUCCGUACUUCCCCGGGACCAUCAGCAUCACUAAAUACGGCAUCAUCCCUUACAUCAACACCAAACCCAUUCUCAUCACAUCAAAACCCAUCAGACCAGUUGCCGAUGGCUUCUCCUGGAGGACAAAUCUCCACUGGUGAUCAACGCCCUAACGCUUCUAGUCCGUCUGGUUUGGGUUCCGGUUCCAAUACCAUGGGAGCACAAGUCUCCCCAACAACUAGGACAGCAAAUGUAAACCACCUUCGCCAGCAACAACUUCAUCACCAGCUCCAAGGACACCAACAAGUCCAAAUUCUUUCUACCCUCAAUACCCAUCAUUCUGGCUCGGCUAGAGUUCAACAUAAGCACCAAUCACCCAACUUUUCACCAGCAACUUCUGCACCUUUCCCUUUUUCGUCUUCCGCUUCUCAGGGAUACGAUCUUAAAACUGCUGCAAGAGCCUUUUCCGCAGUCACGGAUGAUCUUUCUAAAAUGCUCUCCGGGUCACCCCGAUCCACUACCCACAGAAAUGUUACCCGCUUAAAGCGCUCAAAUUCCGGUUCCCUUAUCACAGGAAAUAAUGAAAAUAACCAAAAUGACUCCUCCUCUUCAUCUUCUGCGUCUUCAGGGUCUUCCAGAUUCUCGGGACCACCAGUUUCACCCCUUAGUCCUUCAUUUUCGGGUUUUGAAACCUCAAUUGCUUUGCCGACACUUAGCCGUGAUUUCCUAAACUACACUGUCCAGAUUCCGCGGUUUGGCCAGUCUCCUACAGUUGUAUGCUUUACUGUCCCACCUUGCAAUGAAGCUAUUCGGCAUCUUGAAACCUUCCAGCACUAUUUGGGACGUAGCUAUUAUAUUGUAAACCCUGGAAGAUUCCGGGCAGAAAUAGAGCUCUUUUAUUCACAGCCGGCUCAAAUAGUUAGCGCCUCACUUUCUCCGGAUUACAUUGCAUGGCUAGUAUGUUUCCUCAUUAUUAUGGCUAUUGGGGAGCUUUACGAAUUUGAGGGCGAUGGCCCGGCUACUGGUUCUAACUCGGUCCCAUUUUUCUCUCCAGACUCUCAACUAGUUCAAUUUUGUAAUCUCCCAGGGUUUAAGCACUUUAUUGUGGCAAAUUAUCUCAUCUCUCAUCUUAUGGAAAACAUGCAAAUUGAGCCAGAUUCUUUGUCCACAGCACAAGCCCUGGCACUCUAUUCUUUUUAUUUUAUUCUUGCGGAUUCACCAGGACCUCAAUACUCUUCCGGUGGCUUGACAACCCGUUAUGCUAUCUGUCUAGGUCUUCACAGCGACUCUGCAGGUGUUACACUUACUCCCAUUGAACAUGAGCAUCGACGUCGCCUUUGGUGGUCAAUUUACAUGGCAGAUCGCUAUAGCGCUGCAAAAUCAGGAUUCCCACCUUCCAUUGGUGAUGACUUUAUUUCCACGCUACGUCCAUGUCAUGUCACUGUCCCUUCCGACGAGCCUGAUACCUUUGAAGAUGAAGGCUAUGUUGCCUCAUUUAUUUUCAUUUCUCAAAUUACUUCAACCAUGCUUUCCUACCUUUACCAUCCGAACCGAAAGCCUGACGUGUUGGCUAUUCUCACCAAUGUUUUGGUUCAUUUACACAACUGGCGUCGCAAUCUUCCCAAAAAAAUCCAAGUAGAUUAUGCCAAAAAAAAACUGGACGUAAAACGCCAUAUUGCAAAUCUUCACUGCGAAUAUUUCCAAUGUAUUAACCUCACAGUAAGACCAAUUCUUCUUUACUUUGUACGUCAGCGUCUUCUUGCUGCCAAAAAGGGCACAAACAAUGCCUCAAAUACAUCCUCCUCACCUUCAGUCAAACGCCGUCGCAUAAUAGCUCCUCCCCCAGUUGAUCUUUCCCAUUAUUCCCAGGAAAUGCUUGCUCUUCUUAGUGCUACUUUCCAAGCAUCUAUCCAAACUAUUCGCUCACUACAGCAUCUCUAUGCCCACCACGAGCUGCCGCUUUUUUCGUACUUUGACCGAGAAUACAUCACAUCUUCCGUAUCAACAUUACUCCUCUUCAAUGCGGCUUUUGGCGUCAACGCCUUUGCUAUGACUCGUGUAUCUGCCGGACUUGUGCUUCUUGAAGCCAUGGCAGCUGGCGGGAACAUUAAGGCUGAGGAACGCAGAGACAACUUGCUUGGCCUUAUAACUGCGCUUGAAAGACAUGGCGUUGUUUCGUAUAAAGAAGAGCCACAUUUGGAUUCUUAUCAGGGGCAAUCGGAAUCCAUGCAAAAUAGCCAUACCAGCAAUAAUUCCCAAGCUUCAGACUCUGGAAUGUCAGUGUCGUCACCGUCAACAAGCGACCCUCUUAAACUCCAAGACGGAACAAAUAGAUCCAUUCUUAAUACUACAAACUAUGAUAACAUUCAAGGAUCAUCUCAGUCUCAGAACAUUAAUGAAGGACCAAGCUUCUCAGAUACCCACGAACAUAGUGUUUUGAAUCCCUGUUCAAUUGCUCGUAUUGUACCCGAUGCAACAGCACCUAUGGCUUCACAUGCUACUAGAUCACCAGGCAGUGGAAAUUACACGCCCACUGAACAUUCAGUUUCUACCAAUACUAAUACUGCAACAACGACCAAUGCUGACGGGAACCCGCUGGACGGAAAGGCCCCGUUCGAGUCCUGUGUCGAAAACAACUUAUCACUGCUUGGUUUGACCGGAGCUGAGCGUCGCGAUACAUGGGGCACGCCAGCCAAAUUCUCUUCAUCAUCUUCAUCAUCUUCAUCAUCAUCAUCUUCUGCCGCAAGCUCUUUAGCACCGUCAUCUACAGUUUUCCCAGCAUCUCUGGCAAACAGUAUCUCGAAUUUGCUUGCACCUGCGUCGCCGCAACAAUCUCGGCAACCGCUUGCUCAGCAGCGGGCUUCACAGCAGCCACCAGCUGUCGGGUCCACGCAGAAUCAAGCGUGGGUUCCACCUGAGCAAACCCCGGGCUUUGCACUACCAAAUGCUUUCCCACAUCCGCCAAAUGCUCCUGGCUUGCCGCAGCAGCAGCAGCAGCAGCAGCAGCAACCGUCAACAACUGGGUCACCCAGAGUGGAGGGUCUGGGUAAUAUGACAGCUGUGCGCGGGUUACCACAAUGGUGGGCUGACAUUGAUCGCGGAUUGUGGAACGAUAUGGCUACACAUUCGUCUUCAUGGAACGCCUUGCUGCUUGGUGAAGAAGUUGAUGAUUUAUACAGAAAUUUGUAA